AUGUCGACUCAAGCUGCGCGAAGCAUCCUGUUCACACACACGACCCCGCAACAAGGGUUCAGACUGCUAGAACUACCACCCGAUCUAGCAGAGCAGCUCUCAUCCAAAAACCCACCCACCCUCGAACUAAAAUCCCCCGCUCCAUCCCUCCCAUCGCCCGCGACCAACCCCGAAGAAGCCCGCGAAUUCGUGAGCCUCUGCACUGCAACACAAACCUACCGCAUCCGACAAGUCCAAUCUUCGAACUCGCUGCUCGUGGUCCAGCCUAGCUCUGGCGGUGUGCAACGAGGCGACAUUAGCAUCGUCGGCGGAGACCAAGACGAGCUGGGCCUCGUGGAGACCGUGACCUCGGUUUCGAAAUGCGGGUCAACGCUGGAGCUACAUACCCCGGCGGAGGGGUUCUCGGCGGUUCCGUUUAUGGAGCGGAUACUGAGCGUUUAUGAUGUCGUGAGUAGCGAGGGGAGUGGUCAGGAGGAGGAGGACAUCGAUCCGAUCGAGAGGCAGGAGGUUUUGCAGCGCGUGUUGGCCGAUGUUCCUGUGAGCCGCGGGCAGUGUGAACAGGGCUGGAUCGAGCUGUGUGCGUUUGUGCGGCCUCGUGGUGAGACAGAGACAGAGGGGGGUCAGGAUGUGAAGGGCUGGUGUUGGCGGCCAUCGGCGAGGGUCAAGGUUGAUGUGUGGAAGCGGGCGGUUGAGGGCUCGGUGCUUCAGGGGAUUGAUCUGGGGAAACAGUUCCUUGUCUCGGAUCUGUGGAGGUCGGUGCUUGAGGAAGGGGGUGAGGAACCGUAUCCCCAGCCGUUGUUUGAGGCGGUUGUGAGGAGGGUCUGUGAAUCGGGGUCUGAGCGAGAUCGGUUGCUGGAUGGGACGAAGAUGAAGUGGGCAAGUAUCCACAAGACGAACUGCGCGCGAUGGGUCGGCGAAACAUGUCUGGAGGCUAUGGCGCCGACGUCUGCUUCUGCCAUCGGGCGGGAUGACUUCUUGAAGGCAUGGAGAAACCAUCUGCCUGAAUCCUGGCAGGAUGAAGUCAAGCUAUCGAAAUUAACUGAAAACUCCUAUAAACAUCCCGAGCCCACCACGAUCUGCUUCGUCAACGAACCGGAUCGCCAAAAGGCGAAAAAGAAUGUCUCGACCGACGCCAGCGCUGCGACAGCAGCCAAAAAGACCCGAAAUUGGCACGAGCUGUUCAAAAACCAGAAGCGACAGAAACACUAG